AUGCCGGCGCUGCCCCUACGCCGCUGGUCCUCCCCCGUUCCCUUGCUACUCAUCCUAUCGCUCUUCGCCUCCUCCCCUCUCUUCUUCUCCCCGAGCCCCGCAGCAACCGCCGUCGGAGAUUGCCCUCUGGAUUUUAGCUGGGCAAACUUCACAUUAGCUGCGGCUGCCUGCUCUGAUCCGACCCAGCGGGCGGCAUGCUGCCGCUACAUCAAUGCGUUCCUUGCCAUUUCCAUUGCUCGCUACGCCAAUGCCACCGGCAGGCUGGGGGUCCCUCCUGCCUUUGCGGAGAUCUGUCUCAGCUCGGUGUCCGAGACGUUCAAGCUGCGGGGGAUCCCCACCGAUGCCGAUGUCUUCUGCGGGCUGGGACCCAAGAUAAGGGUCUCGUAUCAGUGCGCUGGGCGGGAUACCGUGCUGGAGGUGAUGCAGUCCCCGAACUUCAACGACGUUAUCGGGAGCUGCAGGGGCCCUCUGUCGCUGGAUAUCACCUGUAAGACUUGCUUGAAUUAUGGCAUCGUGUACCUCCAUCGCCUCAUCGGUUCAGACGAUAAUGUUGGCCUGAGUGUGUGCCGCAACGCGGUUUUUGUAACGCUUGCGACUCAAGAGGGUAUUCUUUCAUACGAAGAUAUCGUCAAGUGCUUCUUUGGUGUCCAGGGAAUCACCACAUUUCCAGGACCAGCAUCUGUCACAUCAACCCCAGCAUCCUCUCCAAAUGUCACUGUUGAUUCUCCGGCUCCAAAUAUCAAGAGUCUUCCACAGAAACAUCAGCAACACUACAGGAUUACAGUUAUUCCAGCGAUAGGAAUCGGUGUUAUAUUGCUUGCUGUGCUGCUGCAAAUCAUCUUAGUGGCCAAUCACCAAUGUUCCAAAGGUACAGCUAAAGAAACAAUGAAAGCAACGGAUAAUUUCAGCACAGUUAUUGGAAAGGGAGGAUUUGGAACUGUCUGUAAAGCUCAAUUCAAUGAUGGCUCUAUAGCUGCGGUGAAAAGGAUGGAUAAGGUUUCAAAACAAGCUGAAGAAGAGUUCUGUAGAGAAAUGGAACUCUUGGCUAGGUUGCAUCAUCGCCAUCUCGUGACCCUCAAGGGCUUCUGUAUUGAAAAGAAAGAAAGGUUUCUUGUGUAUGAAUACAUGGCGAACGGAAGUCUAAAAGAUCACCUGCACUCAUCUGGAAGGAAGCCGUUAAGCUGGCAGACAAGGCUACAGAUUGCAAUGGACGUGGCCAAUGCUCUGGAGUAUCUCCAUUUCUUUUGUAACCCUCCACUCUGCCAUAGAGACAUCAAAUCGAGCAAUAUUCUUUUGGAUGAGCAUUUUGUUGCAAAGGUUGCUGAUUUUGGCCUUGCACAUGCAUCAAGAACUGGAGCGAUCAGCUUUGAAGCUGUGAACACGGAUAUACGAGGAACCCCAGGGUACAUGGACCCCGAAUAUGUGGUUACUCAAGAGUUGACAGAGAAGAGUGAUAUAUACAGCUACGGCGUGCUUCUUUUGGAGCUUGUGACUGGACGGAGAGCAAUACAAGACAACAAGAACUUGGUUGAGUGGGCACAGAUGCACCUUUCGUCUGGAGUGAUCUCUCCUGAAAUUGUAGACCCAAGGAUCAGGGCUGCUGUUGACGUGGACCAGCUGCAUCUCGUGGUCGGCAUUGUGCAAUGGUGCACCCAGAGAGAAGGGCGGCAGAGGCCAUCCAUCAGGCAGGUUUUGAGGAUGCUCUCGGAGAGGCUGGAUCCGGGGAACGGCAGCUUUGGCGAGGGCAUGGAAGACGCAGAGGGGGGCUUUUAUCCCAGGAGCAGCAAGUGUGGCACCCAUCACCGGAACGAGCUGGUCCCUUACAGCGGUGACAUGAGGUCCCUGCAUUCCUCGUCGAGCACGACCAGGUCUUACUGCAGCCGCAGCAUGCUGCUUGAGAGUGGGCAGACUCAAUCUCCCCCAGAAACCCUGUGA